AUGGCAUCCUCUUCCCAAAGCAUGUUUGGUAAUGCGGUGUCCCGAGUGUUAAACAGCUGGACGGCGUUACAGUUGGCCGUUGAACACCAUUUUGGUGGAGCCGACAGCAGGGCAAAAGCUGACUGGAUGGUGGUGGCUAUUGAAACAUGGUUUAAAGAAAAUGCUGGUAUAGAGCAGUAUGAAAUGGAAGACUUUCUAGAAGAUGUCCUAAAUGCGGAAUUUGACCUAAAAGUAGAAGACAACAGUAUUCAAGAGAUUUCUCAUCUGAUUUGUCUGUUGUUCCGCCUCUGUCAAGAAAAUAAAGUGGCUGAAGUAGAAGAGAAAUUGCAGGCAUUACCUAAGCCAGCUGUACAGCAGUGUCGACGGGGUGAUGAUGAAAUGGUUGGGGAUGUCGAUAUUUUGGAAGAAGAAUGGGCAGUUUCCCCAAACAGAACCUCAUUUUCAAGUCAGCACCAUGGUUCUUCAGCAUCCUUACAGCCUGCAGCCUCCUCCGAUAACAAUAUGGAAGAAAUGGAAGUGACGGAAGAAAAAAAAACAGAUGAAGAUGGAUGGCAGGUUAUAAGUCGUGGGAAGAGGAAAUAA